AUGGGAACUACAACCUCAAGCUGCCAUGUUGAAGAAACAGUAGCUUCACAUUAUGACCACGCUCCUGUUUUAGAAGAGAAAAUAGACGGAUCGGCCAGUUUACGACUCCAUAGGAUCACCUCUUAUCGUUUCGAGGCUAUCCUUUACAACCCCCAAUACUCCCCAAACUGUUUUAGUCUAUAUCGAUUGGCUGACGAAGUAGAAGCCAGGAAGAAGUUCAAGUAAGCUACCUUUACUUAUCUGCUCUAUGUUGUGCUUUUCGUUGGCUCAGGUUGUAUAAAUUGAGCGAAUCCGGUUAUUAUUGUUUUCAUUUAUUUACACUUUUAACGUUAAUCACAUGCAAGGGUUACUCAGGCUUAAUUUUUAUGUCAAAGUGGUUUUUCAUUAAAUUAACUGUUACUUGAAAUUUUUUCGGGUGUGUGGAAUCAUUUUUAGCCACAUAAAUAGUUUAAAUACAUUUGUAUAAUUAUAUUUUGUUCGCAGAGUAUUUUAUGAGAGACUUGCACCAUUUUACCUGAGUUCUGCCAAGUGUUACAAUACUGAAGUUCUUCAAGAACUUACCUCCUGUUUGGAGCAGCAUCCUGAUUGGUCAUUAGCUCAUGUGGCUUCACACGUGAACCUGACAGAGUGUUUAGAGAACAAGGAGAUAGCAGAUACUGUGGACAGUGCAUGCCAGGAUAAACAACGGACACCUCUACACCUUGCCUCUAGGGUGAGGCUCUCUAUUACACGUAGCUCUUAUGCACUAGUCAAUUGCAACCCCAACCCCUAAACCCCCGCGGAUAGUGGGGAUUUUACCGAGCAAUAGUGGGGCAAAUACGUUGAUUUUACAUUCAUUUCUUGCACUAGCUCCUGGGAAAUUAUCCAGGGUGGGGAGUCAGUUGACCAUGAUCAAUGACGUCAAGCCUUCAUGAAGGCUGUGACCUUCAAUGCAAACUAGCAGAGUUUGAAAGGCAUUUUAGCCACUCCCUCCUGAAACAUUAACGUUUGUAUAUGGCUUUUUUUUUGUAUGGAGGAGAGAUACAAUGCACUCAAUUCAAAUAUUUGAUCAGUUAAAGUGGGUCAUUUUUAAACUUAAAUUAUAUAGUGGUUUGUUAACAGACAGCUAAUCUGGGAGGGGUAAUUACCAUGUGAAUCUGUACCUCGGGCCUGAGGUAAAUCCUUUAAAUUACGAGGAUACUUUUGUAAAUCUCCCCACUAUUCCCCGGGGGUUUGGGGUAGUGGUUGCAAUUGACUAGAUAGUGCAUUACAAGCUCUCCUUAAGCCAGAUUGUGAUGCCAAAAUAAUUGUUGUCCUAAGCUGAACUUAGGCUACAUUCAAACAGCACUCGCCAAAUUUUCAGCCUGUUUAAAGUCGAUCUGUGUGUUUAGUUGUUCUGUUCAUACAGAACCACCUUUAAUAAUUGUGCAAUAAUUUAGAUGCCUAGCCAUUCAAAGUUCCGUGAUAACAGAGCAAUGAAAAUGAAUGGUUUCGUGUGAAGGAACGUGACUAGUCAAAUGUUUCAGCUAGUCAAAAAUUCAUCCAGUGUCAUGUGAAUGUAGCCUUACUUCAAAUUUUAGGCCAUGGUCAUGUUGUUGGUUCAAUUUUAUCCUUGGUUUCAAUUUCAUUUUUCUCUGUUUCAAACUCAUUUCAUACAUUACCAUACCCAAAAGCAAAGGAAAAUAAAAUUUAAACCAAGGAUAAAAUUGAACCACAACAGUUACAUCACUUAUAGAAGGUUAGAUCUUCUGUCCAUAACGUAGGAAGAUAAACAUUGAUUAUUUUUGCCUCAGAGGCAUCUGAUUUUGCAAACUUAAACUUUUUUCCUUUUUCAAUACAAUGUGCAAAGGUCUACUUACUUGUAAUUUUUGCUUUUAAUACUUAGAGUGGUAAACUGGAAUUUGUUCAAAGUCUGAUGGAUUUUGAUCCAAAGCUCCUGGUUAAGGACAAGUUAGGUAACACUCCUCUUCACUAUGCAGCUGAAAAAUACCCAGAGGUAUUGAACACAUUGCUGAAAAAGGCUCAGGAAUUAGGUAUGGAAAAUGCCCAGUGCAGUCAAACCGUAAUGACAGAGCUGAGCUGUAUGUCUGCCAAUUAACUUUUUAUCUUAUGCCAACCUGUUCAUGCCUUCUGGCUACAUUUUUGUGCCUUGCUGAAAAGUGUGAUCUACAUGUAUUAAAGCCUCAACUAGCACUUUUUCGUGAAAGAGAUACUGAUGAGGUGUCACUACCCAGACCUGAAUAGUGCUUCUAAUUCGUUAGAGCAAAUGUUCAACCAAUCAGAAGCACUAUACCCUGUACUCAGAUCUGGGUAGUGACACAUCAGUAUGGAAUUUCUGUGUUGGUUCCUCAGGCAGGUACAGGUAUUAUUUACAACUGUUGUUUUGUUUAAUACAGAAGUCAACAUUACAUGUAUAAGCUAAGGUAAGAUUGAUGAAGAUAGUUUAGAUGCAAUGUUAUCUGGUCAUUUCCCUGGAAAAGGAGCUUUCAAGACAUAACAACUAGGAAAAUGUUGAGACUUCUGUACAGUCAAAAUGGCAAAUCUUACGCAUAAAGUCACCGCAUGUGAGCUCAGUGAGUGUGAAACCUUGAUGUACAGCCUGUAGUAACGCUCCCAUAUAUCUAAUGGUUUUCUUUGCCCUAGUUACAGUACUUGUGAAUUGUAAGAGGAAAGAUUCUGAAGUUCUAUUGUAACUCUUUAUUCCCAAAAUACAGAUAAAAAUUCUCCUGACUGAUCUUUAUAGAUUUCUUUAAAUAGUUAUUUAAAUAACUUUACAAAAGAUGAAAGCAGUUUUUCUUUGGUUAUCAUUUUAACAAUUUUUGGCAAUGUAUGAUAUUGUUAGGAGAACAUGUCAUCAAAAUUUAACAACUGCAUUGCUUAGUGGAGGUGGGUGCCCGGGAUGUCCAGGGGCCUCACCUUUUGGCACAUCCAACCCCUAGACAGAGUUAUGCCCCCAUUGCUAGCAAACCUGUGCCCUCCAGCCAUGAGCCCCCAUGCCAAUGGAAACAGGCACCUGUCAAACAGAUUUAUCAGCAGAAAAAUAAAGGGGUGGAGGGAUAGAGGUAAAAAAUGAUCCAAAGACUAAAUGAAGAGAGUGGCUGCCAGGAAAACACUGUACUGAGCACAUGGGGGUGACGCAAGCAAGGCUGACCGCGCUUGAGCCAAACGACUGACCAAAAUUACCACUGACCAUGCACGUGCUUCUCGUUAACUGUGUUAAGUAUAUAUAUUUUACUUCAUUUAAUGUUUCAUUAGCUAAACGAGUCUUACUAGUCUAUGUCUCUUCCAUGAUAUUUUUUGGUGAAAUUUGUUUUGUGUUUAUGUUACCAGGUAACCAUGUGGCUGAAGUAGUCAAUGCAACAAACUCCAGUAACCAAUCUGCUUUGGAUGUGGCCUGCCGCUAUUCCCAAGAAGACAGUGUUGAAAUGCUACUGAAAGCAGGAGCAGAUCCUAGUAAACCCCAUGAAGGAUUCCAUCCAAUUCACACUGCAUUGAAUGCUCAGAGCCUUGCUUGUGUUGCGACACUCUUAGAGUUCCACCCUGAGCAGGUUGAUGUUCGUGAUACAAAAUAUGGUGGAGCUCCAUUACACUGGGCCAAAUCAAAGGAGGUCAGUAAUACAGCUGAACCUUCAUUUGCGAAAAAAAAAAAAUAGAAAUAAAAAUGGUCUGAAAAGUUUAAAUAAUUUGUUAAUCAUGAGUUGUAACAUUAGUGGAAUUGCAUCAUGUACAUAUCAUCAUAUAUUGUUAAUUCAAUUGAUCACAUACUGUAUUACUUGAAACACAUCUUGUUCUAAAUUAUUGAAAGUAAUGUGUUUCAUCAAAGAAUGUAAUGUUAUUUUUAGUCCAGCUUUACUGGCUUCAAAGUGACAUGAAUUUAAAUUUAACAAAGGUUAAAAACGUCUUGAUGCUAGACUAUCAAAAAUAUUUGAUUUUUUGAAUUAUUAUUCUGGGAGUGGUCUUAACAGUUUUUUUUAUAAUUAUGGUUAUCCACUCUAGGUUGAAUUGCAAUAGCUGCAAUUUUAUUUUUAUAUAUAUUUUUUAUAUAUUGAUAUCAUAAUUCUAUGAAGUAAAUGUUUUGUUUAUUGUGGAAGUGCUGUCUGUUUUUCAUGCUUAGUUCAAGCUAUUUAUAAGCAUCAUCAGGCCAUAUAGUGUUGAAGUCAGGAUACCGAUAGCCUGCCAUCAUGCUCUCCUGGAUUAAUUUAUGCAAAAAAUGACAAUAAUUAAUUAAUAAAAUAAUGCCUGCAGGUGAAACUCAAGAUGGACUGUAUAUUAGAAACAAAACCAGCCUGUCAUCUGAGGCCUGGAUUUGAAGGCAGGAACCCCAAAUUGUAGGUCUAAUCGAGUGACUGGUUGUCGAGAAUGCUCUCCUUCACCCUCAAAAGCUAAUUAAAGUAAUUAAUUUUUUUUACAAAGGCAGUUGAGCUACUCCUCGACAGUGGAGCUGACGUAGAAGCAAAGAAUAAUGAUGGAGAGACAGCUCUUCAUAUCAUGGCUCGCCGUCGAAGACUUGGCUGUAUUAUAGUGCUGUUGAGUCGAGAAGCUAAUGUUAAUGCUCAGAGCUCCGAUGGUUCUACACCACUGCACCAGGCUGCUGCUGUAAGUGCAGCCUGCGCAGCAGGCAUUCCAAGGGGGAGAGGGUAAGGGGGAAUUUGGGUGCAUGAAGAAAAAGAGAAUGAAACUUGUCCCACUUCCUCUCUCCUCCCUUGUAUACCUGAUGGAUUCCCUCUAUUCCUUUUCCCUUCAAACCCCUGUCACGAAGGCUGUUAGUGCUUUUCAUUUUAAUUUGUUUUAAAAAAAAGUUUUUAACAUCGGUUUUGAUCUACCUGCACACGUUGCUAAUAUUUUUUGAAGCCUGGAGUAGAAGGAGGUGUUUUGAGUGUUGUGGUUUGAAAGAUUUCAUGCAAAAAGCUAGGACUAAAAAUGUCCUUUUUAAUUAAAGAUGCAAAGUUUAAUUUCUUGACUGUAUUUGUUUUAGAUAAAAUCUGUUCUCAGGUAAGAGCAUUAGAAUUCAGAGUUUUCUUUGUUUCUUAGCUCUAAUAUUGUUCAUAGGAGACAAAGAAAACUCCCGACAGGUUUGUAAACCCUAGAGAGGAUUUUACCCACAACAUAUAGAAACAGGUCGCAGCUUUUAAAGUUGCAUAGCAUGUGAUUUAUUGGUUGUCAUUAUAAGUGCAUUUAAGAAAAAAAUCUUUAUCAAUAUAAGGAUAAUUCCUGAUUUUGCUAGGUUGGGGACCCAGACAUAGUUCGUGCCCUCAUUGUGUUUGGUGCUGAUGUUAAUAUCACAAACAAGAGGCAUGAAACCCCAAGACACUUGGCCACUUUACUUCGACAACAAUUGUGGCGUGAGGUUGUGCGGGCUGUUGGAUUUGUAGGCGCAGUGGCUUGUGAUAAAAACAAGAAUGGUUGCACACUUGAGUGUAGCGAACCGUUCCAGGAAGAAAUGAUGAUUGGUAAGAAAACCAUUCUUUCCUUGCAAACUGGUUGUUGGAAGGACAUGGUAUCACACCACGUCCACACGAAUCUUGAUGUUUUUGAAACUGCCUUUUUUCACACAAAGGGACCUUCCGUCUAGACUAUGAGUAGUCCCCCAUUUUUCCUCAGGGAUAGUAGAGCGAGCGAAACGCGAGCGGGCGUGAAAAUCACCCCACGCGAGAAAAGUCGCCUUUUCUCGCGUGGGGUGAUUUUCACGCCCGCUCGCGUUUCGCUCGCUCUACUAUCCCAGAGGAAAAAUGGGGGACAACUCGUAGUCUACCUUCCGUCCACAUGAAACCAGUGAAUCUGCCCACCGAAAACGCAUCUUUUUAAAAACCACCCUUCUAAUGGUUUAUGGCCCCGUCCACACGAAUCGGAGUAACAAAAGAUGCGGUUUCAAAAAUGUCCGGAUUCGUGUGGAUGGCACCUUAUUCUAAGAAAGGGCCUUUCCGCAAUAUAACUACAAAAACAAUUUAUUUGUUUCUUCUAAAAAUCAUAACAGUAUUUGCAUUUACCAAUUUUUUUAAAUGGGGAUUCAUCUGAAGGCUCUUUUUUAACAAACUGCUCACGUCAAUCAAAGUGGAAUAGAAUAACUUAAUUUUCGCGGGAAAACCGGAGUGACCAUGGACGAAACCGAAAGCACAUUUUUCACGAACGAAGCACAGACUAUGAUUUGCGCAAUUUCGUUCAUAAAUUGACAUUGCCCAGGCCGCGUACUAACUAUUUGAAACAAAGUUUCAGUUACAGCAGUGCUUUGUUGUGGGAACUCUUUACCCGAAAAUAUAAGUGAAAUUAAAUCAAUCAGGAAAUUUAAAGAGCAAAUCAAUCAUCUGUUUGAGUCGUCGGACUCUCACUCGGCAGUUUUGUAAAACAGUGUGUCACUAGUUUUUAGUUUAAUUAAUUGUAAUUAGAUUUUUACUCUAUUAUUACUGAAGAUUUCUCCGAGUUUUAAAUAAAGGAUCUACCUACCUGCCGCGCCAUAAUCGCGGUAAAAGUUUUGAUGGAAUGUGCCGCGGCGUGUAUUUAAGUUUAAACGUUUUCGGUGCGGGGUUUAUGAAAGGGCGGCGUUUUUUUCAAAAUCACAUUUCUUCAAUCACUAAUGAAUUAAACAGAAAGAUAUUCAAAGGUUAUUUUUCUCGCUUUUCUGCUGAGAGAAUCGUAAUUUUCGGGAUUGGGUAGAUUACAAAGUUCCGAGUUUAUCUUAUUAACCCUCGAACAAUCAGCCUCAUUCGUCUGAUUAGGUUCGGCGUUUAUUCGAGGGCAGCGUUGCUUCCAUCUGUGUCGAUACAUCAAGGGCGGCUUUUAUUCGAGUAAAUACGGUAUUUGCUAUUUGACCAAUGCGUGUCGUCUUUGAUAUUUUAAAUGGCCGCAAUUUCUUCCCGAAUUAAACCUUUAUCCUUUUCUUUGCACUCAAAGGUGGCACUAUUGCCAGUGCGGCCCCCACUUUACCAGGCUAUCUAGACAUCCUCAAACUUGCCGCAGGAUUAGUGUCAGCUGGACUGCUUCAGUCAAGUGCUGGACAAGACUCAGUUGAUUCUGGGCCUGGACGUCGAGGGUCCUACAAUGAAUCAAUCUUCAAAUCUCUGCACAAGAAAGAAGCCAUUCUAACCAUGGAUGGAGGCGGAAUCCGGGGAUUGAUAUUAAUACAGCUGUUACUGGCUUUGGAGGAGUUCACCAAGCAACCAAUUGUGCGGCUGUUCGACUGGAUUGCGGGCACAAGUACUGGAGGUAUUCUAACUCUGGCUAUCGCACACGGUGAGUUUAAAACGAUCCAACUAAAUCGGGAGAGUAUCGAGAGCGUAGCUUAAAGUAAAGUAAAGAAGCCGAUAAAUUGUUUGAAAACAAUUUAUGGUUGCUUUUUUUGUGAGAGAUGCAUGUUAAUGCUUUCAAACAUUUCUGAUAUAUUUUAAGUAAUCUUCUCAAAACCAAAACUUGCAAGUUCAAAUUUGAUCUUGAUUGUAGAAAACUUGUUAGAUGCAUGGUGGUAAGCAAAUUACAACAGACCAUAUUCUAUUAAUAUUAUAUUUAUUUAAAUUUAUUUUCGUCAGUGUUGUAAACCCUGUUUGCGCAUCCAGGAAAACGCCUGAGUGGUAGGCUGUUGAGUACUUUCAGUAUCAGGCGAAUCAAAUAAGCCCUUUUCCUUUAUAAAUCUUUCCAUGUGCUGUUUUUCAGGAAAGUCUGCUCGUUAUUGUCAAGGCCUCUACUUUAGAAUGAAAGACUUGGUGUUUAAAGGUCCCAGGCCGUAUGAUUCUGAACCACUCGAAAGAUUCCUUAGACAAGAAUUUGGAGAUAAUGUCAAAAUGACAUCCAUCUUGCACCCGAGGUAAAACAACUUAAUUAUCUCUUACCUUCCACUACACUAAUUUUUGCAGUAACGUUUAUAUCCUGCUAGCCUGCGUAGCAGGCGCUUGGAAGUAGUGGGCGCAAGAAAAAACGGGCUCGCGUGUCUUCCUCGCGCGCGCCCGUUCUCUCUUUCGCCCACUACUUCAAAGCGCCUGCUAUCGUACUCGACCGUUUUGUUGUGAAGUUUGUCCCCUUCCACAAGUAGCCCUUUUUAUCUGAAAACGGAUUUGUUGUUUUUCUUCCGUUUUCAGAAAAAUUCGCGUCUUUUAAGUUGCGUUUUUGAAUCGUCUUUACCCUUCCACAUGAAAACAAAUUUAUUGGAGUAUGCGCAUAAUGGUAUCCAACACCGUGACGUAAUAGUUAUUAAAAACCUCCGGUUUUAUCUGUGUAUACGAAUACAGCAAAUCGGCAUUUUCAAAAAAACUCCACUCUGGAGAGAAUUUUUGAAAAGAUGCGUUUUCGUUGAACGCCGUUUUCACCGGAUACGUAUAGACGCCGGUAGGCCAAACCGGAGAAGAAAUCUCUGCUUUCAUGCGAAAACGGAUACGGCGUGUAAGCGGGGCCUUUGUAAAGGGUAGACUAAGUACAUGUGUAUCAGGUUUUCCUUAGGGAUAAGAGAAGAAGAGAUUUCAAAAAACGCCUGAUAUUCGGGUUAAUGAAGUGUUCAUUUAGAGUUUAAGCCACAUCACGUUUACGGCUAAUAGCCGGUAUUUCCACGCCAUCAUUUUUCCGGCGGUUUAGUACGCCGGCUUGCCGUUUAUCUUUGACAGUUUUCAUGCGGGGAGGGACGUUUUCACGUUUAUGAAGAAAGAGUGAGAGAGAACUGUACUUUUUGUCCUUCUCGAACACUUGACCAUCUUCGCCUGAAUUUCAGACAUCACUUACGAGUCGUUUACUCCCUCAGUGACGUCGUCACUGUAGGAGUAAACGACUCGAUUGUCGGAAAUUCUGUGCCGUUUUCUCUAUUUGAAUACUACCCACGCAAUGGUUCUAAACACAGCUAAACACUAACGUUACGUCAAUGGCAAAGGCCCUUAUCGGAGGAAAAUUAUUAACUUUUUUCGGAUUUUUCCCCUACAAUUUAGAGUGCUUGUGACUGGAGUUUUAGCUGAUCGCAGACCAGCUAGUUUACAUUUCUUUCGGAACUUUGAUGUACCAGAUGACCACGAUGAAGCUACCCAUGCAAAAUCUCCAUUUCCGGCGCCGCCAAAACCUUCAGGUACCUUAUAGGUUGUAUAUUGAUAAUUACAUCGAUUAUGCAAUGGAAAAUAAUCACUUGGACGUGACAAACUUUUGGAGGGAGUCAAUCAAGACAUUAUUAGUGAAUAAAUGAGAAGUGAAGCAGAGAAAAUAUUAUACAUAGCUGGCCUCUUGUUAGUUUCCGUUUGAUUUUGUUAAAGUGCGGAACAGUUACCUUUCGUAUUGCAUAGUAAAUAGAGAAAAAACAGGGGCACCCAACGUCAAUUUGCGGAAAAUAUCUGUUCGGAAGACGAUUGGAGAUCUAGAAUUUUCGGAACAUUUAUUGUAAAAUUCCUUGCUUGCCUGCCUCUCCUAGGAUUUUCGAACAUCUAAAAAAUGGUAUAAUUACCCAUUUUUAACGGAUUUUUACCCUAAAAAGGUGACCUAGAAUUUUCGGGAACCUUUUUUCUGGCUGAAAUUUUCGGAAAGGUAAGUUUUGAUCCCUAUAAUUUUCGGAUCACUAGACUUUCAGCCGAGGGAAUCCGAACAGAUGAAAAAUUUGUAGGGGGAUAAAAAUAUGCCUAUAUCUACCGUUUAAAUACUAAAAUACGUUCAAAAAUGCUAUGUUUAAGUGGUUUUGAACUAUAUUCUCGUUGGGUGCCCCUGAAAAAACUAGUGAGCGUAUUCAAAUUUAGCGACAGCUUAAAAUACUAAAAAGACAUUUCAUUCACGACAGAGAAAAACAAGUUGUAGCCUAGGAACAUUGACCAGCAUUCGUAAAGGAGAAUCAAGCAUCCCUUAAGUGUGCCAAAAAACCCACGUUUCUUCAGUUUGGGAAAUCCCCAGGGGGUUGGGGGUACUCCGGAUUUUAAUUGACGGGGAUGAUCAAAUGGGGGCAAAAAUCAAAAUUAAAAAAUUAAAAAAAUCUCUGGACCAAAAAUUAACCGCCCGCCAAAAACCCCAUGCCGAAUUUCCGAGCCUUAGAAAUUUCCAGUAAUCAUUUAUGAAUUGAAGCGUUGUUUACACCUCUUAUAUUAACCGGUUUCAUAAAAGAGACGUAAUGUUAUGUGCUAAAAAUUAAAACAGCCGCAAAACAAGCUUGCUUGUACUUUAUUCGCUCGCGGCCAGGAUACGCAGGGCCUAUCGCGAAUUUUCAACUUGUUUUGAAUACCCAAAGUUUUCAAAUUUUCCUACCCCCCCCCCCCCCAACCCUCCCCUUACCCCCACUUUUCUUUGCACUCAAAGGUGGCACUAUUGCCAGUGCGGCCCCCACUUUACCAGGCUAUCUAGACAUCCUCAAACUUGCCGCAGGAUUAGUGUCAGCUGGACUGCUUCAGUCAAGUGCUGGACAAGACUCGGUUGAUUCUGGGCCUCGACGUCGAGGGUCCUACAAUGAAUCAAUCUUCAAAUCUCUGCACAAGAAAGAAGCCAUUCUAACCAUGGAUGGAGGCGGAAUCCGGGGAUUGAUAUUAAUACAGCUGUUACUGGCUUUGGAGGAGUUUACCAAGCAACCAAUUGUGCGGCUGUUCGACUGGAUUGCGGGCACAAGUACUGGAGGUAUUCUAACUCUGGCUAUCGCACACGGUGAGUUUAAAACGAUCUGACUAAAUCGGAAGAGUAUCGAGAGCGUUGUAAAGAGCUGAUAAAUUGUUUGAAAACAAUUGAUGGUUGCUUUUUUUGUGAGAGAUGCAUAUUAAUGCUUUCAAACAUUUCUGAAAUAUAAGUAAUCUUCUCAAAACCAAAACUUGCAAUUUCAAAUUUGAUCUUGAUUGUGGAAAACUUGUUAGAUACAUGGUGGUAAGCAAAUUACAAUAGACCAUAUUCUAUUAUUAUUAUAUGUAUUUAAAUUUAUAUUUGUCAGUGUUGUAAACCCUGUUUGUGCAUCCAGGAAAACGCCUGAGUGGUAGGCUAUUGAGUACUUUCAGUAUCAGGCGAAUCAAAUGAGCCCUUUUCCUAUAUAAAUCUUUCCAUGUGCUUUCUUUCAGGAAAGUCUGCUCGUUAUUGUCAAGGCCUUUACUUUAGAAUGAAAGACUUGGUGUUUAAGGGUCCCAGACCGUAUGAUUCUGAACCACUCGAAAGAUUCCUUAGACAAGAAUUUGGAGAUAAUGUCAAAAUGACAUCCAUCUUGCACCCGAGGUAAAGACAAAUAAAAAUAUCGUCUCUUUCCUUCCACUACACUAAUUUUUGUCGUAAUGUUUAUAUCUUGCCGUUUAGCUAAAAGUUGUAUUGUUGGUUCGAUGACAGGAGUGUUUACAUUGUACUCGACCGUUUUGUUGUCAAGUUUGGCCCUUUCCACAAGUAUCCCUUCUCAUCUGAAAAUGGAUUUUUUUUCCGUUUUAAGAAAAAUGCGCGUCUUUAAGUUGCGUUUUUGAAUCGUCUUUGCCCUUUCACACGAAAACGCAUUGAUGGGAGUAUCUGCAUAAUGGUGUCCAACACAGUGACGCAAUAGUUAGUAAAAACCUCCAGUUUCAUCCAUCUACACCAAUACAGCAAAUUGGCAUUUUCAAAAAACCUCCACUCCGGAGAGAAUUUUUGAAAAGAUGCGUUUUCGUUGAACGCCGUUUUCACCGGAUGCGUGUGGACGCCGGUAGGCCAAACUGGAGAAGAAAUCUCAGCUUUCAUGCGAAAACGGAUACGUGUGAGCGGGGCCCGGCUUAGUAAAGGGUAGACUAAGUACAUGUGUAUCAGGUCUUCCUUAGGGAUAAAAGGAGAGGAGAUUUCAAAACUUUUGAUAUUCGGGUUAAUAAAGUGUUCAUUUUGAGUUUAAGCCACAUCACGUUUACGGCUAAUAGCAGGUAUUUCUACGCCAUCAUUUUUCCGGCUGUUUAGUACGCCGGCUUGCCGUUUAUCUUUGACAGUUUUUCAUGUGAAGAGGGACGUUUUCACGUUUUUGAAGAAAGAGUGAGAGAGAACUGUACUUUUUGUUCUUCUCAAACACUUGACCAUCUUCGCCUGAAUUUCAGACAUCACUUACGAGUCGUUUACGUCACUGAGGGAGUAAACGACUCGAUUGUCGGAAAUUCUGUGCCGUUUUCUGUAUUUGAAUACUACCCGCGCAAUGGUUCUAAACACAGCUAAACACUAACGUUACGUCAAUGGCAAAGGCCCUUAUUGGAGGAAAAUUAUUAACUUUUUUCCGAUUUUCCCCCUACAAUUUAGAGUGCUUGUGACUGGAGUUUUAGCUGAUCGCAGACCAGCUAGUUUACAUUUCUUUCGGAACUUUGAUGUACCAGAUGACCACGAUGAAGCUACCCAUGCAAAAUCUCCAUUUCCGGCGCCGCCAAAACCUUCAGGUACCUUAUAGGUUGUAUAUUGAUAAUUACAUCGAUUAUGCAAUGGAAAAUAAUCACUUGGACGUGACAAACUUUUGGAGGGAGUCAAUCAAGACAUUAUUAGUGAAUAAAUGAGAAGUGAAGCAGAGAAAAUAUUAUACAUAGCUGGCCUCUUGUUAGUUUCCGUUUGAUUUUGUUGAAGUGUGGAACAGUUACCUUUCGUAUUGCAUAGUAAACAGAGAAAAAACAGGGGCACCCAACGUCAAUUUUCGGAAAAUAUCUGUUCGGAAGAUGAUUGGAGAUCUAGAAUUUUCGGAACAUUUAUUGUAAAAUUCCUUGCUUGCCUGCCUCUCCUAGGAUUUUCGAACAUCUAAAAAAUGGUAUAAUUACCCAUUUUUAACGGAUUUUUACCCUAAAAAGGUGACCUAGAAUUUUCGGGAACCUUUUUUCUGGCUGAAAUUUUCGGAAAGGUAAGUUUUGAUCCCUAUAAUUUUCGGAUCACUAGACUUUCAGCCGAGGGAAUCCGAACAGAUGAAAAAUUUGUAGGGGGAUAAAAAUAUGCCUAUAUCUACCGUUUAAAUACUAAAAUACGUUCAAAAAUGCUAUGUUUAAGUGGUUUUGAACUAUAUUCUCGUUGGGUGCCCCUGAAAAAACUAGUGAGCGUAUUCAAAUUUAGCGACAGCUUAAAAUACUAAAAAGACAUUUCAUUCACGACAGAGAAAAACAAGUUGUAGCCUAGGAACAUUGACCAGCAUUCGUAAAGGAGAAUCAAGCAUCCCUUAAGUGUGCCAAAAAACCCACGUUUCUUCAGUUUGGGAAAUCCCCAGGGGGUUGGGGGUACUCCGGAUUUUAAUUGACGGGGAUGAUCAAAUGGGGGCAAAAAUCAAAAUUAAAAAAUUAAAAAAAUCUCUGGACCAAAAAUUAACCGCCCGCCAAAAACCCCAUGCCGAAUUUCCGAGCCUUAGAAAUUUCCAGUAAUCAUUUAUGAAUUGAAGCGUUGUUUACACCUCUUAUAUUAACCGGUUUCAUAAAAGAGACGUAAUGUUAUGUGCUAAAAAUUAAAACAGCCGCAAAACAAGCUUGCUUGUACUUUAUUCGCUCGCGGCCAGGAUACGCAGGGCCUAUCGCGAAUUUUCAACUUGUUUUGAAUACCCAAAGUUUUCAAAUUUUCCUACCCCCCCCCCCCCCCAAAUCCUUCGAUUAUCCCCGUCACUUGAAAUCCAGAGUACCUCCCCAUGGGAGUAAACCAGCCAGUCCGUUGUCUCUGUUAAGAAAUUUAGUACAAAAUCACUUUCCUCGCUGUUGCAGAUCAGCUGGUAUGGCGUGCGGCCAGGGGAACCGGUGCCGCUCCUUCCUUUUUCCGCGCCAUGGGUCAGUUCCUUGAUGGAGGAUUAAUCGCUAACAACCCAACGUUAGACGUGUUAACGGACAUCCAUAAGUAUAACAGUAAUGUUCGAGGUGAUCUAGCCUGUCCGUUCGGUCUGGUUGUGUCCCUCGGAACGGGAGUCCCGCCCCCGAUGCGUGUCACGUCUUUUGAUGUGUUUAAGCCAGAGUCCAUAUGGGAUGCAACUAAUGUACUCUUGGGAGCUCGUGCUUUAGGAGAAUUACUUGUUGAUCAGGUAUGUACGUCUAGACCUUAUUUACGACACCCGCCAUCUUGCGCGCGCUUUAGGACUGAUGUUACAAAAGCAAUUUCACGUGGUAUUUCAGGGGGCAAAUAAGAGAUAAAAUUUGCCAAUACGCCUUAUCGUGGUCGAGUUUGUUUAUUAUCUCAAAACGAGACAACAAUUGAAUAGUCAUGCACCCACCCCCCCAGAAGUUUGCAUAGCCAUUAUUUCCAAUUUCUCCUGGGUAAUAAGUCGUCCCAAGAGAAAUCGAAGACAAUGGUUCUACAAAAUUUUGGGGGGUAAACAAGGUCAGGAGCCGAUUGCGUGACAAGUAAUCGGCUCCUGGCAAGGUGCACUAUGGUCUAUGUGAAAAUGGUGAAUAAAAGAAGCAAUAGUGUCCCAAAAACAUUCCCAUAGUGCAGAUCGACAUAUGUCUGACCGAGUCUCACGCGCCACCUUAAAUUGGCGAAAAGGGUCCAGUUUUUCGGCGGUUUCUUUGCUGUCUGCCUGAGGGGAGACUAUUAAAAUUCAACGAGAAGCAACUUCACUUGCAGUAUCAGUUUGAGAGGAAGUGCGUUAUAAAAACAACAACUAUGCUUCGCGGUUGAAAUGAUCAUGAAUGCUCAGGGAAGAACUUUACAUUAUUGAUGAUGUUUUAAACGGAAGCGGAAAUGUUUUGACAGGGUCCUGUAUAGAAGAGCAGGGUUGACUUCACAAAAAACUAAAUUUUUGAAUGAAGUUCCACAGGCUACAAAUAAGCCUGUUAGUGCAAUUUGGUGGGAAGAUGUAAGCAACUUUAUUCUCCGAUUACUCCAUAUAAAUCUUUUUAAAAUAGGCCUGGAUCGUAGUUUUAGAAGGAUUUAUAUGGAGUCAUCAGAGCAUAAUGGUGGUUAUAUCUCCUCACGACUUUAACCUAAUAGGCUGAUUUUCGUCAAGGAGGCUUUGUUAUAUUGUUUCUGAAUAUGCCAACCAAUCCCUUGAUGUCACAAAGUUGAAUUUUUUUGACAUCACACCUCUUUACUCUAUUUCAUUUGCCUAUUUGUUUGUCCUCUUUAUCCAGGCUACUGCUACACACGGGCCGGUUGUUGAACGUGCGCGGGCCUGGUGUCAAAUGGUGGGCGUACCUUACUAUCGCUUUAGCUCUCCGAUGUCAUCCGAUGUUGGUCUAGAUGAGACUGAUGAUCGCAUUCUCGUUAAAAUGCUGUGGGAAACAAGGGUUUAUGUUUUGCAAAACUUCAAGGAGUUCACUGAGUUGGGUAAAAAGUUAACCUCGUGAUCUGAUUUAACCCAGCAGUGAGACUGAUUCAGAUUUCUUGGUUGUUGCAACUGUGCAUGUAACUUCGCGUGCAAGCAAUUCCUCCAGUGUGUUAACAGUAGGGUGGCAUUUCACCUCAACUUAUAUCUUAAAUUAUUAACUGACUUAACUUAUUUAAACGCAGAGAACAAGAUAUCUCAACAACAACAAAAAAUAUAUAUUUCCUCACUUACAUCACAUUUUGNAUGUCAUCCGAUGUUGGUCUAGAUGAGACUGAUGAUCGCAUUCUCGUUAAAAUGCUGUGGGAAACAAGGGUUUAUGUUUUGCAAAACUUCAAGGAGUUCACUGAGUUGGGUAAAAAGUUAACCUCGUGAUCUGAUUUAACCCAGCAGUGAGACUGAUUCAGAUUUCUUGGUUGUUGCAACUGUGCAUGUAACUUCGCGUGCAAGCAAUUCCUCCAGUGUGUUAACAGUAGGGUGGCAUUUCACCUCAACUUAUAUCUUAAAUUAUUAACUGACUUAACUUAUUUAAACGCAGAGAACAAGAUAUCUCAACAACAACAAAAAAUAUAUAUUUCCUCACUUACAUCACAUUUUGCUAUUUUUCCUUCCAGAACACUGUUUACAAAUUAUAUUCUGUAAAAUAAUCAAAAUCAAGAGUGGAAAUGAAAUAGUUCUAUAUAGUUCUAUAAGGAAUUUUUGUCUAACAUGUUACAAUUAACUGGAUUUCGUCAAGUGAUGUAAACGUUUGAGUUGAUACAGCUUUAGACGGCAUGUGAAUAGUUUUAACUUUAUAUAAAUACAUAUCUUUAUCUUAUCUUUUACUAACAUCUCGCCACAAUUAGAUUACUCGGAACUCCUGUUCGUGAAAAAAGCUCCGCCAAAGGAGUGCUUAAUGACCUUUGUCUGCUCUAAAGGCUAUUAAGUACGAAAAAGUUAAUAUGGAAACAAAAAAAAAAAAUGAAAAGCUAUGAUAGAAAAAAUAUUAAAGGUGUAAAGGGCAAGUUAGUUUAACCAUGAUGUUUAACGAUUCAGCGGCAUGAGUCUAAGACUACGAGGGGUUUUUACCAAAGCUUUUAAAUCCCUUAGCAUUUCUAAAGCAAAAUGAGUAUAGCCAGAGAAUUAUAAGCGUUUUAAAGUAAAUGGUAAGAAAACAUUUGUAUUCAAAGAGUAGGGCUUUUUAACUUAGAGAAUGUUGUUGAAACCGUAUCAUAACAACCUUAAUGGAAAACAGCAAAUAUAUAUUUCAGUGACUGUGUUUUUUAAUGAGGAAAGGUUUUUUAUACCUAAGGACCGUUAUUUAAACACUUUAAUAUGACUAAACUUGAUAACCUUACAUGUAGCGAC